AUGGUCUCUGAACGAAGGUUUUCUCAACAAUCAUCUCAGUCAAGUACUUCAUCGAUAGUUAGGAGGAUGAGUAAUCUCAAUACAGAAGUAAUCCAAGAAGAUGAGGAAAUGGAUGAUGCGGAUGAUGAUGCGGAUGGAUCGGUAGAUACUCCAAUCAAAAACUCUCCCAAUCUUACUUUGAUGGCAGGAAUUAAAGUCAGCUCAUAUUUUAUCAAUAUAUCACCUGAAGAAUGGAAAUUUUCCGAGUUUUACAAGUAUCGCCAGCAAGAAAAUGACUUUACCAGCUCGUUUCGGAAGGAAGCUUUUAUACUUAGGAGAUCUCUCGAUUAUCUUAUGAAAGAAGGCUCAUCAGAAGUCAAGAAUUAUGCUACUCUAUUGGAUAAAAAUUUCAAGGGUCAUCGUACAAAUGAUAUGGAUUCAAAGUUAUUCUGGGACAAGAUCGAGUUACAAUUAGAUUUUCAUGCUGAAAUUGAAAUGAGAGAGAGGGAGAUGCGGUUAGCCAAGGUUGGGACAGCAACUGGCAUUAUGAAAAGGAUUGAUGGAGCUCUGAAUGAACGUUUCAUUCAGACUGAUGAACGGGUCCAAACGAAACGGAAAAAAAUGGACCAACCACCACAUCCUCCUCCAGAUCAAAUCUAUUCGUUAGAGUUCUCAGAUUCGAAUGAUGGGCGAAUUUAUAAAGAGAUUUAUGAUGAUAACAUUAACGAUAAUGCUGAAGAAGAUAUCUAUCUAAAAAGCAUCCAUUUAUCUCAGGAGACUUUACAGAAUGUAAUGGAGGAAAUCCGUAAAAUAGUCGAAAAAAUAAGAUCUAUAGAAUAUCGUCUAUUUGAUUAUCGAAUCAUUAAUCUUUCAGAACGAAAUGUUACAAAUCCCGUUAAUAAGUUGUCAAAAUCCGAAAAGCGCAUCUUAAAAGAUAUUUGGAACUCGUUAGAACCGUCAGGAAAAGUAAAGACGAUUCGCCUAAAUAAAUGGGAAAAUGUUCUACAGCCUCUUAUACAAAAGUACCAAACCCACUUGGAAAAUAAAUCUGUUUUUGAUGUGAUUUCCUUGGAUGGUACUAUCGAAAAUGUUCUUGAGAAACCGUAUAUUGGAACUUUUAUUCACAAAGAACAUUAUGAUCUUUUAUGGAUACAGGAUAUUUAUAAACGAUUUCUAUUUCUUUUCAAUGCACCCACUAACUUACUACAGGAUCCAGAUCAAAACGAACUUUCUUACCGAGAAAAUUUUGUGAAUCCUAUAAUUGUCAAAGCUUUCGACGACAUUAUGGAUUUAGUCAAAGUAAAAACGGGGGAGGUAGAAAACAAAUCAAACAAAGCUCAAAGAAACGAAACUCGACAAUAUCGGCAACGGGUUAGCAUUGGGUGUUCUCAGGACGGGAUAUACUCAAUAAAUGUAAAUGCUAUUAUUUUGGAAGUAGGAUUCUUAGAAGUUAUCGGCAACGCUCUUUAUACUGAUGUCAAAAAAUUAAAUGAAGACACCGAAAAAGUGUUUAAGUGUAUGCAAAUUUCCAUUUAUUACCAACGUCAACACUAUUUAUCACGUGGAGCAACAGAACAACAAGUAUCUUCUAUAGAGUCAUACGGAAUUAUUGUCUACCAACGAAUGUUUACAUUUUAUGUAAUGCAUCAAACAAAUGGAGGUUUACACGUUGUUGAUAUUAUAAAAGAAUUUAGUAUACCAAGUACUAAGGAUCAAUUGUAUAUCUUGAGAGAAGUCAUCGAAAAUGUUUAUUUAUUUAAGAGUCGAAUAAUGGACUAUUAUCUAGUAAUGCAGAAAAUCAUUCCUUUUACUAAAACUCAUGUUUGCAUAAAUGAAUCGCCUGUGGAUGCAUCACCCUCUAAAGUUUCGAGGGCUUAUGAUGCUUUAAAAUAUUCUAAAUAG